UCUUGACGUUGCAUCGGGCAGGAUGACUGACAAAAUCCAAAUCAUCCCGCUUACAGAGGAUGCUCUGAAUCGUUACCGAAUCACUCAUCCGGAUAGGGAUCUUCGACCGUUAUUGCGUCGACUACACCGUCUAGGAGCAUUUAUCCCAUCUUCAGAUGAUCCAGCCAGUCGCGCCGAGCAUGAGCGAGAAGUAGAAAUGUGCAAGUUGGAGUUGAUAAAGUGGCGGAGUGGUAUUCAGAGGAUCAUGGGCACUGUGGAGAAUCUGAACAGACAGCGGCUAGCAUACCUCGAACGAGCGAAAGAAACAGUUGAGAGGACGGAAGAGCUCAGAGCCACGUUGGAUAGUGAAAAGAUAUUACUUGCAAGGAGGCGUCGAGAGCGGGAUGAGCAGAUCAAGUGUGAUGAAGUCGCUGCCAAAAUUACGGCCAAAGGCAAGACUAGGCUAGAACUGGAUGAGCAAAUCUCCUCACUUCAGCAGAGUCUGGCAGAUCACAAGGCUUCUCACGAGCUAUACACGCAGACUGUACAGGCUCGAGUGGAUCUUUUCAGUCAGAUCACUGCGCUGGUGGACGAGGUCCGAAACACCAAGCUACCCAUAGACCCUCAAGCAUCUUUAGAGGAAGUUCCACCUGAGGAAGAAGGAAUGGAUGUGGAUGAUUCCUCAACUGCAGCAGCAGCAGCAGCAGCUUCCUCAUCUUCAGCGCGUCUCAACGCUUCCGCCUUGCCUUUCCAACCUACCAAAUCAUCUACUAGCGCGACCUCAGCGCCUUCAACUCGCAAUACUAGCCCUGUCCCGACUGGAAGUAGUAUGAAGCCCCCUCCAGCAUCUCACGGUCUACCUACUCGACCUAGCAGAUCGGCAGGAACCACAUCAUUAUCCGCUUCGAACCACAAGAUACCGAGUCGUCCCUCGACGCUGCGAAGCGUGACCACUCCAGUAGCUGGAAGUUUGGAGGAGGGCGAGCUGGGAGCCGAGGAAGAGGGCGAAGUGAAUGAGGAUGCCAGGGGCUCAAAGCGGUCGGCGGCCACAGAAUCAAGAUCAAGGAGUACUAGGGCCAGGCGUUGAGUACCCUUUUCAAUAUUCAACGCAACUUGUAUCGGCAUCAGAGUUCCAAAUCGCUCUGCGCGAGUGAACAGUGAUAUAUUGG